GCGAGGACUGCUGAAUAACUGAGAGCUCCAAGUUGCUUCUGCCUCCGGGAGAGGUCUGUUUGGCGGUUGCUUUUUCCUUUUCUUAAAAAAAGCCAAACAUCUGAUCACUAUCCACCUGCAGAAGUGAAUUUUUAUUGAGGAUGCUCCAGCUCCUUUCUCUCUAUUGCCAGCAUCCGGAGAGGCUCCCUUAGAGUGAGCUGCUUCUCAGGCCAGGCACGACAGCAGUGCUAGCAAAUUUGAAAAAGCAGGAAACAGCCCCUGCAUGCAAAGCUUCCAGCCUGAGAACUCCCCAGGCUAGUCUUCCAAGCAGCCGUGUAGCCAGAGACCCUUGAUAUUGUGGUCACGUCCCUCAAAAGUGAACAGUCAACCAUCGGCACUGUUUGGAUGAAGAUGUUGCAGAUGCUGUGGCAUUUUCUGUCUAGCUUUUUCCCCAGGGCUGGGUGCCAAGGCUCCAGAGAGGGGAACGAUCAUGAAGUCAGAGGCACCCAGGCUUCUGCUCGGGGAGACCAGAUGCCAAGCUUUUUGGGGAAACAGGACGGAAGGGCUGAGGCCACGGAAAAGAGACCCACCAUAUUGCUGGUGGUUGGACCAGCAGAGCAGUUUCCUAAGAAAAUCGUACAAGCUGGAGACAAGGACCUCGAUGGGCAGCUCGACUUUGAAGAGUUCGUCCAUUAUCUCCAAGAUCACGAGAAGAAGCUGAGGCUGGUGUUUAAGAGUCUAGACAAAAAGAACGAUGGACGGAUCGAUGCUCAGGAGAUCGUGCAGUCCCUGCGGGAUCUGGGAGUCAAGAUAUCUGAACAUCAGGCAGAAAAGAUCCUCAAGAGAAUACGAACGGGCCACUUCUGGGGCCCUGUCACCUACAUGGAUAAAAAUGGCACGAUGACCAUUGACUGGAAUGAGUGGCGAGACUACCACCUUCUGCAUCCCGUGGAGAACAUCCCCGAGAUCAUCCUCUACUGGAAACAUUCCACGAUCUUUGAUGUGGGUGAGAAUCUGACAGUCCCUGAUGAGUUCACAGUGGAGGAGCGGCAGACGGGGAUGUGGUGGAGACACCUUGUGGCAGGAGGAGGGGCAGGGGCUGUAUCCAGAACCUGCACAGCCCCCCUGGACAGACUCAAGGUGCUCAUGCAGGUCCAUGCCUCCCGCAGCAACAACAUGUGCAUUGUUGGUGGAUUCACACAGAUGAUUCGAGAGGGAGGGACCAAGUCACUCUGGCGGGGCAACGGCAUCAAUGUCCUCAAAAUUGCCCCCGAGUCGGCCAUCAAAUUCAUGGCGUAUGAGCAGAUCAAGCGUCUUGUUGGUAGCGACCAGGAGACUCUGAGGAUUCACGAGAGGCUUGUGGCAGGGUCCUUGGCAGGGGCCAUCGCCCAAAGCAGCAUCUACCCGAUGGAGGUUUUGAAGACCCGGAUGGCCCUGCGGAAGACAGGCCAGUAUUCGGGCAUGCUGGACUGUGCCAGGAGGAUCCUGGCCAGAGAGGGGGUGGCCGCCUUCUACAAAGGCUAUGUCCCCAACAUGCUGGGGAUCAUCCCCUAUGCCGGCAUCGACCUAGCUGUCUAUGAGACGCUCAAGAAUGCCUGGCUGCAGCGCUAUGCUGUGAACAGCGCAGACCCCGGCGUGUUUGUGCUCCUGGCCUGUGGCACCAUAUCCAGUACCUGUGGCCAGCUAGCCAGCUACCCCCUGGCCUUGGUCAGGACCCGGAUGCAGGCACAAGCCUCCAUCGAGGGUGCUCCGGAGGUGACCAUGAGCAGCCUCUUCAGACAGAUCCUGCGGACCGAGGGGGCCUUCGGGCUGUAUCGGGGGCUUGCCCCCAACUUCAUGAAGGUGAUCCCAGCCGUGAGCAUCAGCUACGUGGUGUACGAGAACCUGAAGAUCACCCUGGGCGUGCAGUCGCGGUGACGGGAGGGAGGGC